UUUGGAUAGACUGUCCCACUGUGAUAGAUUGUACAGACCGCACCAUCGUUGGGCUUUGGAUGGACACGCAGACUUCAGGUCAACUCUAAGUCCUAUUUUCUGAUCUCUAGUAGCAUAUUAAGUAUUUAACAUUUUAAUUUUGUUCUGGCUUUGUUUCUCCGUCUAAAUAGAGUUUUUUUUGGUUUGUUUUUGUUGAUGGCGCGGUUUAACCAAGAUGGACACGGGUUGUUUGCCGGUUGGACACUAGAUAACAGCUUCACCACUAAAUGACUUUACUGGUUCAUCAUCUGGAGACGUGUUGCCUCUCAAGUGGAUAUAGCCAAACUGGGCCAUUUCCCAGAGGUCACAAUCCUAUAAUGAACAUUUCCCCACUGGAGUUUCGUUAAACUUUUCCCAUAACUUGCCAUGUCGGGAGUGGUCCGCACCCUGAGCCGCUGCCUGCUCCCGUCCGAGGCCAGCCGGGACCCAGGCGGCAGCAAGGAGGGGAGCCGGGAGAGGGACGCGGCGCAAGAGCGGGAGGCGAGACGCAGGAGCCGGGAGAUAGACGCGAUGCUCGCCCGGGAGAGGAGAGCCGUUCGGCGGCUUGUGAAGAUCCUCCUGCUCGGGGCCGGAGAAAGCGGAAAGUCCACAUUCCUAAAACAGAUGCGCAUCAUAAACGGACAAGAGUUUGAUCAGAAAGCGCUUCUGGAUUUCCGGGAUACUAUUUAUGAGAAUAUAUUGAAGGGCAUGCGUGUGCUGGUGGACGCCCGGGACAAACUGGGGAUCAGCUGGCAGAGCUGUGAAAAUGAGAAGCAGGGCAUGCUGGUGAUGUCAUGGGAGGGACGUGUGGGUGGCUCAGGUGUGGAACCCAGUGAGUUUCAGCUGUACGUGAUGGCACUGAACGCACUGUGGGCAGACACCGGCAUACAAAAGGCCUACGCACGGCGCUCAGAGUUCCAGCUGAGUGAGUCAGUCAAAUACUUCCUGGAUAACUUGGAUCGUAUUGGACAACUGAGCUACAUUCCAAGCAGACAGGACAUUUUGUUUGCACGGAAGGCGACUAAAGGGAUUGUCGAGCACGACUUUGUGAUCAAAAAGAUUCCCUUCAAGAUGGUAGAUGUGGGCGGUCAAAGGUCGCAGCGGCAGAAGUGGUUUCAGUGUUUUGAUGGGAUCACAUCUAUACUCUUCAUGGUAUCUUCAUCAGAGUACGACCAGGUCUUGAUGGAGGACCGCAAGACAAACCGUCUGGUGGAGAGCAUGAACAUCUUUGAGACAAUUGUCAACAACAAGCUCUUCCUGAACGUGUCCAUCAUCCUCUUUCUCAACAAAACAGACCUGUUGGUGGAUAAGAUCCGCACGGUGGACAUCCGCAAGAACUUCCCAGAGUUCAGAGGAGACCCCCACAGGCUACAGGAUGUGCAGGCAUUCCUGGUGCAGUCGUUCAGUCGUAAGAGGAGAAACCGAGGGAAGCCACUUUUCCACCACUUCACCACUGCAGUGGAUACAGAAAAUAUACGCUUUGUCUUUCACGCCGUCAAGGACACCAUUCUGCAGGAAAACCUCAAAGAUAUCAUGCUGCAGUGACACUCCCACUGCAGACAACAGCUUUUCUGACUGUAACUGUGAAAACAGCCAUGAAUCAAGGGUGUUGAGGACUUUCUUAGAAACUGCUUUGCUCUGAUAAUACAGUGCAUGACUGUACAUUAACACUGACAUGUUGUACAGUAGCUUUACCCACACAGAAUGGAUCUAACUCAACUCUCAACCUGUGAAGCCAUGAGGUGACUCUGGACUUGUCGAUCUAUGUUGGCCACUAUGGAGACUCUUCAUUUAACCUGUACAAAUGUGUGUACGCUGGAAAGAGAGGCAGGAUAUAGAGGAAAGAACCAACUACAUGGUAUAAGCACUGAAAGUGUUUUUCCUCUUAUGUAUAUAAGACUAUUGACAACCUUGUCUCUAAACCACAUCAGACUGCUGCCUGUUGUGAUGUAGCUCAAGCUGUGUGAGCAGGAAACAGGAGGGAAAGAGUGCAGAGACAGAAUAAGAUGGAAAGACAGAAGGUUUGAAAAAUGCCUUGUUUAAAGGUACACGUGACAGGAGGAGAGGGGUGAGGGUUUGGGCCUAAACUGGUCAUAUGCUGUGUUAUGUGAUAAGGUUGCACAAGUGUUCCUGUCAAUGAACUUUAACAGAAGGAAGAGACUAAGCUCUCUUAUGCUCCCUGUCCUCUUCUGUAUUCUUUCCUGCUCUUGUGUUUACUCUCUCGUUCCCACCGCUGUAAAAGAUAUGAACAGCUGCAGAGAACGGGUUUUAUUCUUCUAAUCCUCUCUCCUGUCCUUUCCUCUCCUCUCCAGUACAAAAGACAGAUUGUUCAUUUCCUCCAACUUCAGCAGAAACUCCAGACGUUCAAAUUAGAGACUCAUCUUUGUUUAAAGAAACACACACAGACAGUUUUUGAUUGUGUAUCAUUUAUGGUUCCUCUCUAACCCCAUGCCUUUUUUCUCUUUUCCACUCUGCACACCAGCCUCUCAGUAGAUGCACCACGAUAACCUAGGCUCAAACCAAGCCAUAUUUUAAGUAUUUACAAGGUAGUUUUGCUAUAUGUUUAGACCACCCGUUCCCAUUCUUUUUGUAAGCAUGAAAGGAAUAGCAGAAAACGACAAGGUUGAACUGUUAAUGACCUUAUCCUCAUUUUAGAUGUCAGCAGCUGUAAUGUCUAAAUGGUAACAAGCAACUUAAAUGAGCCAGACUGAACAGAAUUACAGAAAAAUUCAUUUAUACAAGUUUUGGUGACAUUUCCUUUUAUUGGUAUGUUUUAUUCCCCUGUUAUUUCCUUUCGAUAUCCUACAGAAGAGCUACGUAUGUUGACACUAAAAGGAAACUAGUCACUACCCAUAAAUGUGCCUUAUGUUGCCUAGCAACAGGAGCUCUGCCCACAAGCAGCAAAGGUCUGGUGAAGAUACUGUUGUGGAAGUGUCACAACUCUACAUUGCACUUCUGCCACAGUAAAUGCAGCUGUCAAGUGAGAAACAUUGGAUGAAUAGUAGAGAAAAGCAAAGCACAGGUAGAUGGACACACAGAGAUUCCUUCAUUCUUCUUAGCCAUAUGGUUUUCUUCAACAGUUCAGUUAACUUGUUGUACUCUAAGAAACUCAAUUUAUAUUGGCUGCUUCCGGCUUCCAAGUUCACUUUGUAAAUGAAUUAGGUUUGAGCAUGUAACCAAAAGCAAGAACGCCUACGUCAAGUUGAAGGAGCACCGAUCAAUAUCUUUUGUAUUAAUGACAGAAAAAGGUGUGCUAUAUUAAGAGCCUGCUCUUCAUGACUAAACCAUAGACAAUGAUAAGGUUAUCAUUGACUGUGUGGAUCCCUUCAGCUAUAUGAAAGAUUUUAUCUUCUUUCAGGCCUUUUUUCUUUUAAUAAAAUAAUGCAGUUUACACUCACCACUCUCAUUGUUUAGUUGACAAGCGUUUGAGGCCAAAAGUGAAUCCAGAAGAUAAGUGUCGCAACCACUCUUGUUGAGUGAGUAAGCAUCCACUACGAAUGAAUUUGCAAAGUUUAUAUCAUGAUAAUAUUUUCAUUUGGUCUGACCAGAAUGCUUCCAAGUCUCAAGCCUUUCAUUGGGAAAUUAUUUCCAAAUCAACGUUCCAAUGCUGUGGAAUUUUUGUGGUAAAUCUCAUUAGGCCUUGAAAUAAGAAACUGCAUUUAUUAACCCAGCACUCUUCAUUACACAUGAAUUCUCUGAGAACAUUUAGUGUUAGACUAUAACAACGCUCAGCCAAACCCAGGGACAUUGGCAUGAGACCACAGUAAAAUGAAAGUUAGGUCAGCUCACAUUUUCAGUGUCGUGUUUACAGCUUUUUGCGAUGCUCCACUGUGGCUAAAAAAUGUAAUAUUUCAAUGCCAGUUUGAAGAGAAAUGAUUAAUAAGGCAUCCAAAACCAUUUUCAGCAAUAUUUUGGUUUAUUUCAUUGGUAAACUAGUUGUAUUUGCAACUAGUUUGCUUGCAGCUAUGAUUGCUUGCACACUGAUUCACAAUGGUAGUUAAGCAGAAUCAUGACAUGCUCUGUUAUGUGACACCAUCUCCUUUAUAUUAAUUCAUAAAAACAUGCAUUCAAAUAGAGAAAUUAAUCAAGUGGAGUAAAAUAAAAAUAUUGAUUUGAUUUCCAUAGUUUGUCUAAUUUGCAUUUUGGUGCACAGAAACAGAACACAGCUGGGCUGCUUUUCCCACCCUGAGUUUCUUUCCACUCAGUGUUGAGUAAAAGGAGGCAAACCAUGAACACUUUCACACGCCUUAUUAUUAAACUGUAUUAAUCUGUAUGUGUUUGUGUUCAUUGUGACAUUUUGCAUGUUCAUACUUCCUGUACGUUGAAUACUGUAAGCAUCUGACUGACACUGUGUGUUCAAGUACAACAAGCACCACUCUAACAGUAUCACUGUAACUGGUAUGUUGCUGUAACAUUUGUUGUUAACUAACCUACGUUCUCCACUCUUACAAGUUUUUAUUAUUUUUAUAAGCGUGUGUCGUUGCACUGGAUGUGUGUGAGAGAAGAAGACCAGAGAGCAAAAUGUCGGGGACAGAAAAAGGCAACGAAACAAAUAAACAGGCACAGACUUUAAAAGGCGAGCAGGAAGAUAGGUGGGAGGUCCUCUGCUUUUGUUUUUGUUUUGUUUUUUUGUUGUUUUUUUUUUGUUUUUGUUUUUUUCCUGUGUCUUGCCUCUUUGCUCUGUGGUGAAAUACACUGCCGUUUGCUGA